AUGUUCGUACAACUGAAUUUACUCGCACUGCUGGCCAUCGCAACAGCGAAUCCGCUGACAAGACCCAUCGCCCUGAAUCCGCUAACCCCGAGUGGACAGAUAAUCGGUGGAAAGGAUGUAAGCAUCCAAGAGGUACCUCAUCAAGUGUCCCUUCAAAGUUCUGGUUUCGGCUUCUGCGGUGGUAGCAUCAUUUCGAGCGAGUGGGUGGUUACAGCUGCUCAUUGCAUGGUUUACCCAAGUGACUGGAUCACAGUGCUAGCCGGAACAGCGACCAAAUCCUCAGGUGGAAGCAGGCACAAGGUAGCACAAAUAUACGUUCACGAGAACUACGAGACGAACUGGUAUGGAGUACCAACAAACGACGUUGCCGUGCUAAAAGUUGCAACCCCGUUCAAACUGGACGAUACGCGUCAGCCUAUCAAAAUAUUCAAACAAAACGAAGAAUCUGUCGCUGGUAUCAGCGCGGUAAUCACAGGAUGGGGUGCAACCAAAGAAGGCGGUAGCACCACCGAUGUCCUUCAAACGGUCUCGGUGCCCAUAGUCUCCAAGAGUUCCUGUGACCGUGCUUACAAAUCGUACGGAGGAUUGCCCGAGGGACAGAUCUGCGCGGCGGUACCGGAAGGAGGAAAGGACGCUUGCCAAGGAGAUUCCGGCGGACCCUUGACCAUCGGUGGCCGUCUCGCCGGACUCGUAUCUUGGGGUUACGGUUGUGCCAGAGCUGGAUACCCUGGCGUUCACACCGAGGUUGCUGCCUUCAGCGAUUGGAUCACCUCCAAGACUGGAGUUAAAGCGUAA